UUCUUUAGUUGAGAGUUUAAAAUGCUCAGUGUAUGGCAACAGGCUACCUCUGCUCCCAUUACAUAACAUACAUGGAAUGUACCUAUAUGAAGACGCCAGCAGUAUGGGUUCAAGUGAAAAUCCUUUGCUGAAUACCACUCCAGAAAUGAUAAAUGAUGUCAGGAAGCUCUAUGGUCUAGAUGACCCGAAAAGGUUGGAUGAGACCAUCAAGAUUUUAGAAGAUUGGGUGCAGAAGCAGCCUCAUAUCAUCAAGAAGGAUUUCAGUAAGCGGUUUUUUGAGACAGCGAUUGUAACAUGCAAAGGGUCAAUGGAAAGGGCGAAGAGACAAAUAGAUAUGUUGUGCACAAUGAAGACUAUGGUACCAAGAUUUUUUUCAAGAUACAACGUGAAAGUUGAGCUACAGGCAAUUUUGCAAAAAGUAUGGGUAAUUCCUCUCCCCCACAUGUCAGAUGAUUACUACAGAUUAGUUUUGAUCAAAACUUUCAAUAACGACCUGACGCCAGAGGAAAUAUUACAGUUCUUUCAAUAUAUUUUAAUUCUUGCUGAUUACAUUCGUAAUAACGACUACAUCCAUGGAUAUAUAUUAGUAAUUGAUUAUCGCGACGUAAACUUGUUCAACCUUAUCACACGACUGACAAGCCCGGAUGUUCAACCAUUUCUCAAUAUUUUAAUUAAAGGAUACGGUGGAAGAAUAAAGAACUUGCACUUUAUAACAGAUUCCAAGGCUAUAGAAGUUCUUGUAUCUACUGUUAAGCAGCUUCUUAGUGAAAAGAUUGGCAACAGAAUUCAAGUGCACAAGACUCUAGAAGAUUUAUAUGAAAUAGUGCCCAGAGAUCUUCUGCCAGAAGAGUACGGAGGCAAAGAAAAAUCUUUUUAUAAAAUGCAAGCUGAAUGGGUGGAUGAACUGUCCUCUGAUAAACACGUAGAGCAUUUGAAAAUGAUGUACAAAGCCGCCACGGAUGAAUCCAAACGACACACGGAAAAGUUCAAUGAAGAAUAUAUGGGCAUGCCCGGGUCUUUCAGGAAUUUAACAGUUGACUAAACUAAUAGUGAAUGUUACCUUUAUAUGAGAUAAAAAUGUAUUUUUGUCAAGAAGUGAGUUACACUUACACUUGUCCGUUGCGUCGCGUCGUAUCAACGGAACAAUAUCUUGAGGCGGGUCCAGACAUGUAUCAUUUGUCGCGGAGAACCUAACGGGCAACCGGGGCUCCGACUCGACAUGCAGGAGAAGGAACGGGGUGGUUUUUAGUC